AGAAUGCAAGGCACAUAAAUGACCAGGAGGGUCAUUAUACCGCAUUCCUCAUCUGCUGGUUGAUUCUGCUGCUGAAAUUGAUAUACUGGCAAUCGUUCUUCGCUGUGGUCCCCAAAAAAACGCAGGUCGCAGUCAUCAUAGGUGUCGAGAAAUUACCCUUUGUGACAAUCAGAAAAAACAGUUUCUCUUCACUCUAUGGGAGGAUUUCGAAGAAAUAGAAGGACAUGAAGUUGCCUCUAAAAUGGCAACAGAGGCACAUCUGCCUGUAAUCCUCGGAAGGAGUAUAGGAAUCUUUACUUAUCAAGGCUUGUCGCUGCAGACCAGGUACAACUCCACAGUACGUGUCAAUCCAAAUUACCCACAGGCACUGGCACUCAUCAGCUGGGCAAAUGAAAACAAAACAAUGUUGUUAAGUUGUGCAUCAGAGAAAACUUCAACAAGCUCAUCUGUCAAUCCCACCAUAGUCACUCCUGCUGGCCAACAAGUUAUCUCUAUUGCAGAUAUCUCAUCAGCACCUUCUAUGGGAGUGCUCUAUGUUGAGGCAGAAAUGGCCAUAUUAGAUGAAUUCCAAGACUUUUGUGUGCUCGAAUGCUCAGGCUGCAAACAAAAAAAAUGCACAAAGGAUAGAAAAGAUUUUGAAUGUCCAAAAUGCAAUCGGAAAACAACAUUAGUGCCGCGGUACUAUACUUUUGACUUCUAAACUACUCUUGCUACAAAAUAUAGCAUAUAUUAUACACAUAUUUCAAGCUUGCCAUCAUUUCAGCUGUAGCUUCCAAAUUGAUCUUAUUGACGGCACUGCUACAACCACAGCAUCUA